AUGAUUCGGGAGGCGCGGGUAGAGAACUUUGUGGGGCAUGACGGAGGUGGAUUGCCUCAAGUUCCUUACGACGGAGAGCAGCCAAACCCGUAUGAUGAUGUCGCGAAGCAGUACACUGAAGAGCUAGGUGACCAGUACAACGAGCAACCUGGUGCCCAAUAUGAUGAAGGGUCUGGGAACCCGUAUAACGAAGAGCAAGCAAACUUGUACAGCGAGGAAACCGGGAAUCAGUACAAUGAGGACCCAGCAAAUUCUUACCAGGAAGAGCUGGAGAAUGCAUUCAGUGGGGACCCGGACAUGGCCCAACAGGACAACUCGCAGGUCAAUGUCGACGAUAACAAAUGGCCUGGAUGGCCAGGUGAGAGUGUUUUCCGUAUACUAGUUCCAGCUCAGAAGGUUGGAGCUAUCAUUGGCCGCAAAGGGGAGUUUAUCAAGAAGAUGUGUGGGGAGACUAAAGCACGCAUCAAAAUACUUGAUGGCCCGCCUGGUGUACCAGAAAGAACAGUAAUGAUUUCAGCAAAGGAUGAACCAGAGGCACCUCUCUCUCCAGCUGUGGAUGGCUUACUUAGAGUUCAUAAAAGAAUAACUGAUAGUUCAGAUGGUGAAUCUGGUCAGCCUCAACGAAGUGCUGGUAAUAUAGGACCAACACGACUUCUAGUGCCAUCUUCUCAAGCUGGCAGCCUUAUUGGCAAGCAGGGAGCAACUAUUAAAUCAAUACAAGAUUCUUCUAAGUCCGUUGUCCGUAUUGUUGAGAAUGUGCCUCUUGUUGCACUAAAUGAUGAUAGAGUUGUGGAGAUACAAGGCGAGCCUCUUCGUGUCCAAAAAGCAGUGGAAUUAAUAGCGAGUCACUUAAGAAAAUUUCUUGUUGACCGCAGUGUUCUUCCAUUGUUUGAAACACAUAUGAAAAUGCAUGGUAUGCCGAGGGAGCAACCAGUGCCACCUCCCCAGCAUUGGGGCCCUCCUCAAACCUGGGGCCCUCCUCCAGGUGGUCCUGGUUUUGGAGGAAAUCCACAGUUCAUGCCUCCAAGGCCGCAAGACAGUUAUUAUCCUCCUCCUGAUGCCCCCCCUAUGGAAAAGCAGCCGCACUAUGGCAUUUCUGCAUAUGGUCGGGAGGCCCCACCAAGUGGUGCUUCUGCUACAGGGAAUCAACCACCCUCUCACGCAGGUUCUCAGGUGACUCAUAACAUGCACAUUCCCCUUGCCUAUGCUGAUGCUGUGAUUGGGGCAGCUGGUGCUAGUAUCAGUUAUAUCCGUAGACACAGUGGCGCAACAGUAACUAUUCAAGAAAGCAGAGGUGCACCUGGAGAGAUGACUGUGGAGAUAAUUGGGACUGCAGCCCAAGUUCAAACUGCUCAGCAACUGAUCCAGAAUUUCAUGGCAGAGGCUGCUCCCCCAGGCCCGGCGCCAGCUUCUAACCCUCCCGCUCCACCAGUUGAUCCGAGCUACGGCUCUUACCCACCACCAUAUGGAGCAGCUCCUUCUUAUGGUUCUUCGAUGGCUGCCGGGCCGCCUCCGCAGUACAAUGGUGGGAGCUACGGUGGCCCGACCUACCCUCCCAGCUAUGGUUAUUAG